CUAGACUGCCCCACUGUUAAGAGACCCUGGAGGCACACUGACCACAACCUUGGGGACCUCAGGCUCCAGGUAUGGCUGCACCCCUGGGAGCGGCCUCUCUUCUCCCCCUUCUCCUAGCCAGCCUCCUGCAGGUGGACUCCAUGCAGGAGAGGAUGAAGGCGGAGUGCUACAGAGAUGCGGGAGGGACCAUCUACGACUACGAGGCCGUCUCUCUGGAUGGGAAGGAGCGCGUUCAGCUCAAGCAGUUUGCGGGCAAGCACGUCCUCAUUGUCAACGUGGCCACCUACUGUGGUCUGACGGCUCAGUACCCGGAGCUGAACGCGCUGCAGGAGGAGCUGAAGGCCCUGAGCCUGGUGGUGCUGGGCUUUCCCUGCAACCAAUUUGGAAAGCAAGAACCCGGCGAGAACUCUGAGAUCCUUCCUGGGCUCAGGUACGUCCGCCCAGGGGGAGGCUUUGUCCCCAAUUUCCAGCUGUUUGAGAAAGGGGAUGUGAACGGAGAGAGGGAGCAGCAGGUCUUCACUUUCCUGAAGAGACAGCACUGGGAGGAGGGCCAGCAGGUGUGUAGUGGCUGAGAUGCUGAGCUCCCC